AGCGGAGCCGACUGUCCCAGAAUCCUUUGCAGAGUAAUGUGUUUUGGUUUUGUGGGUGAAAUGCGAAACUAACUCAAAAGCGAGACAAGAAAAGAAGAGAUUAGAUACAAGAAGUACUCUUUGACCUCCGCUUGACUUCAUGUGACCAGAGAUGGCCCCACGGAUUGAUGAUGUGAUGCGGCUAUGUUGUGAGUUGUCAGCCCAUGAACAGAUUAAGGUUGCAGUGAAGAAUGCUACCAAAGGUGCUCUGGUGGCAGGAGGCAGUGCUUUUGUUGGAGCACUAUUGGCUGGACCACCAGGAAUUGCUGUUGGCGGGGCAGUAGGUGGUCUGUUGGGCAGCUGGCUAACCAGUGGACAGUUCCGGCCUUUACCUCAGAUCUUGAUGGAGCUGCCCCCAUCACAGAGGGACAGACUGUACCAGGACAUAGUGGCCAUCCUGGGAAAUCUGGACUGGACAGACGCAGCCCAGCUCAUUGCCCUGGUGAUGGGCAACGCAACCCUGCAACAACAGGUCACAGCAGCACUCCUCAACUAUGUUACUAGUGAACUGAAGGCCGAGGUGCGCUACGGAGACUGACAUAACAUAAUUUACCCAUUUUAAAUCUUCAGUACAAAGAUGUGCCUUUGGUUGGUGAU